AAAAACAUAUACAAGUACCAAGCCCCAGCACAGAAUAUCAUUUCACCUCACAAACCCAUCAUUCAAGCAAGUGAUUUGGGUGUUCUAAAGGACUAUUUUGACAUUUGCAUUGGGACGAAUCAAGAUAAGGCUACCGAAGAAACCAAGCAAGAGUUUAUAGUUUGCAUGAAUGAACAAAAUUUGCACAAGUCUCUUAAAGAAGUGCCUGGUGAAAUUUAUGACAAACUACUAGUGACU